AUGCAUAAAGUAUACGAAUUUAUGUCAUCAGUUAAUCAAUUUUAUCGAGAGAUAAAUCCAUCUACGUUGUCGGGAGCCAUUGAUGUGAUUGUAGUAGAGCAACCAGAUGGGAAGUUAGCUUGUUCGCCGUUUCACGUUAGAUUUGGAAAGUUGUGUGUAUUAAGGCCGCAAGAGAAGAGGGUGGAAGUGGCAGUCAAUGACGUGAUCGUCGAUUUCCCAAUGAAAGUAGGAGAGGCGGGAGAAGCAUUCUUCAUAUUUGAGACAGAGAAAGACGUACCUGAAGAACUGCAAACAUCUCCUCUCGCUGGGCCAUCACUUCCUGCACCUAAUGCAGAGGAACCAGAUGACUUCGAUUUAUCGGCAAGUCCAAAUGAUUCGAACAGUGCCAAAGAAUCUGAUGCAAAAGUUUAUGAAAGUUUUUUGCCAACUAUUGAAUCAGACGACCAUAGUCAAGGAACACUCGUAAAUGAUAUACAUUCUGCCGGAUCGGUUCAAUAUCCUCAGCCAUCUGCGUACACUUCAUCGACAACAUUGCCAGCGUUUAGUAUUGAUACUACUGCAACCCAACUUCCAUUAGAAGUUGCUACGCCUACGAUAGCAGAGAUUAGUGAUGUGACUGAGAUAGAAUCAGGACUGGAUGGAUCGGAUAGUGAGGUUAUGACGGAAAAUACCUCUUCAAUGAACAACGAAGAGUUAAUCAUGCAUGUAGAUAGAUUAGAGACCGGAAUGGCCAUGAAAGAGUGCACAGAGGAACCCAACUUUCUGGAGAGUAAAUUCAGAGAAACUGCACAUCUUGAAGCCCAGAUGAAUCUUAUGAUGGCAAAUCAAGAUCCCACCACGAUGACAGAUAAACCACGAUCGAUCAGAGAAUGGUCACCCUUGAUGUCGCCAUCAUCUGAGGCUCAAAAUUGGAACGAGCCAGAAGGGCCUUUUUCAGAUACUGAAUGUUCAAGAAAGCCUGACAACCAACUAGAGCGACAUGCAAUUCGUACAAGUCCGCUAAGCGAUACUGAAUUAGAGUAUUCGUCAAUCGUGCCUUCGCCUUCCGCCUCACAAGAAUGGUCAUGGGGCUGGGGCGCAUUACCCGUGCGUAAUUCGGACAAAAUCAAAGAUAGUGAGUCUAAUCCCAAUGGUUCGCAUUGGGAAGAAGACGACGAGCAUGAUGGGAUUAUAGAGAUCGGAGGACGUAAAUAUGAAAUUGGGAUAUCCUUAUGCGGAAGUAAAGAGUUUGGAGUCAAUCAGAAAACAGAUGCAGAGCUGUUUAGGAAGAACCAAAUUUCUUAUGAAAAUUUUUGUGAAAAUCCACAUGUACUCAAUGACAAAGCUCUCGUCGUAAGAUACAAUGACCGAUACUAUACUUGGACAACGGCGUCGCCACUACUAGUUUCUCUUCUCGCAUUUCAAAAACCGCUUCCAGACUCCGUUCUUGCUUCGCUGGCCUCAUCUCAGCGAUCUGAAGGUCAUCGUUUGUCAAACAGUCAUAGGCGGUACAGUCUACGCGGAUUGAGUCGGUGGUGGAGCCGUGGAUCUGGGAAAGACGGUAGUGGUGUUAGGAAGAUGGAAAAUAUGGGCGAGAUUGAUGAAGAUAAGAUGAACCAAAUUCAACGGACUGAAAAGUUGUCAAAGAACUACGCUAAGACCUUAAGACUGACUUCAGACCAACUUAAAAGUCUCAAUCUCAAAAAAGGCAUGAAUACAGUUUCGUUCUCCGUAACAUCGUCAUAUCAAGGGAGAGCUACAUGUUACGCUAAGAUCUGCUUUUGGGAUUACGACACUCACAUUGUUAUUUCCGACAUCGAUGGUACAAUCACAAAAUCGGAUGCAUUGGGUCAUCUCUACGCAAUGAUAGGACGAGAUUGGACACAUUCUGGUGUUGCUAAACUUUAUACGGACAUUCACAACAACGGAUAUGAAAUAUUGUAUUUGACAAGCAGGGCAAUUGGUCAAGCUGAUUAUACGAGGGACUAUUUGAAGAAAGUCGAGCAAAACAAGUACCAAUUGCCCGAAGGACCCGUCAUAAUGUCACCCGAUAGACUACUAACGGCUUUUCACAGAGAAGUAAUAAUGCGUAAGCCUGAAUUGUUUAAGAUGGCUUGCUUGCGCGAUGUGCAGCAACUGUUUGGCAAUCGCAACCCAUUCGUAGCUGGCUUUGGUAACAGAAUUACGGAUGCCCUAUCGUAUAGGAGUGUUAAUGUUCCAUCUUCGAGAAUAUUCACAAUUGACUCGACGGGUACUGUCGCGAUGGAGCUUUUGUCGGGAUAUAAGUCAUCUUAUAUUGACCUUUCAGAUCUGGUAGAUCAGAUGUUUCCACAUAUUGGAAGUAAUAAGUGGGAUACCGAAUAUAAUGACUGGCAAUAUUGGAAAGCUCCGCUACCGAAGAUCGAUCUUCCUCCCGAAUUCGAAUUAUCUACUCAAUCCACUACGCCUGCUAGCCCUCAAUCGGACGCAAAUGCAUCUCCAAGGCUCGGAGUGAUCCGUAGCAUAGCUGGAAGUAUUACUCGUAGUUCGAGUAGAUCUCCGUCAGCUAUUCCAAAUGGUAAUGAGUCGAAAGAGAAGAGAGAGAAGGAGGGGAGGAAAGCGGGAAGGAAUUAUAAUAGUGUCUACGUAGGAAAUGACGUCGAUAUGCCAGGAAGACUGAAUCUUGUUACUGCUGAUGGAAUGGUUGAGGAGGAAGAGGAGAACGUUGAUGAAUCUGAGACUCACACAGGAAAAUAUAAAUCAUCCGUUGUUGCUACUCCUUGUGGCCAUGUUUUUCACACAUCCUGCAUUCACCAAUGGUUGAAUAUAAAGCCAGAGUGUCCUCUAUGCGGAGCAAAAGCGACGGGGAAGAGCUUGUUGUCUUUGUAUCAUGAUUGGGAUGAGCACGAGAGGAAAGAGAGCAGAUACGACGAAAAGAUGAAGGAACAAAUCUCAUCCCUCUCACAUUCACUUCUCAUAAAGACCCAAGAGACAAAAAUCCUUGAUGAAAUCGUAACUAUCCUCAAAUUUCAGAUAUCUCAAUACAAGGCAGCUUUACCAUCAAAAACGAAACUUGAUGAAUAUACGCAGGAAAUCAAAGCUGAUAUGAUUGCGUUAAAACAGGAGUAUGAUGGACGAGCAAUGGAGUUAAGAAACAAAUGUGAGAAGUUAAAAUCAGAGAAAAGAAGCCUAAAAGGAAAAGAAAACGAGACGGUUGUGAGCAAAAACAGCAUGACAAAGCUGGAAAACAGCAUUACUGUCAAUGACGAAGGAAUGUACAGAUUUGACAUGUCUGCCAAUAAUGGUAGAAACACGGUUGAAGAAAUCAGCAGCAAGGAAGAUCACAUAAGGAAGAUAGACUUUGAAAUGAUAGACGUUAAACUUACUGCAGCGAGAUAUAAAACGGAAGACACGAAAGAUGAGCGAAAAGUUUGCGAAAAUAGAGAUCAAGUAAUGGAUUUAAGAACUUCGGUGAAUACGCUAGAUACAAGAAAUAAUAAGAAUCCUUGUAGUAGUAAGGUCAAUAGAAAUGUAAAUGGGGAUAAUGAUGACGUGGGUAAUGAUAUAGAAAAUACUAGAGAUAACAUUAGAUACAAUACUGGAAAUAAUAGUAGAGCGUCUAAUAGAGGUAGUAGAGAAUCUGGUUAUGAUUAUCAAGGUGGAAGGGGUUUCUAUAGAAGAGGCCGCGGACGAGGGUUUACAACGUCUGUGUUUGUUGGACCAGCCGAAAACUUAAAUAGCCUUGCCUUUCUGAUCAUCGCUAGGAACAUUAACUCCUCGAACUCAAGCAACACAAAUAAGAAGAAAACGAUGCCGAGCUUAGGCGUAAAAAUAUACGUUGGCAACUUGCCAGAACGAGCAAGACCGGAGGACAUAAGGGAGUGCUUUGCAAAGUAUGGCAAUGUGGUUAACAUGGAACUCAAGGGCAACUAUGGAUUCAUUGAAUACGAAGAACGUCGAAGUUGCGAUGACGCUAUAAGUCAUUUACAUGGAAAUGAUUUCCAAGGUCAACAGCUGCGUGUGGAGUAUGCUCAUGCCGAAAGGAAUGAUGAAUAUAAAAGUAGGGAUACAAAGUCAACCGAUGCAUGUUUCAAGUGCGGUCAAGUUGGACAUUGGGCUAGAGAUUGUACUAGUUAUCCACCCCGUGAUUCAUACCCAGCUCGUGACACUUAUCCGCCACGGGAUGAUAGAUAUGCUCCCCCUCCUUUAGACAGGCCAUACGAGCGCUCCGCAUACGAUCGCUAUCCUCGCGAACCCCGCGAACCGCGUGAAACACGGGAUGCGAGAGAUCAAAGAGACUCGCGAGACGGGAGAGAUCAAAGAGAUGAUGGUUCGGAUUACAGGAGAGAUUAUAGAGGACCGUAUGACCGAGGAUACGAUAGAGAGAGAGGAUACGAGAGAGGUGGCUAUCCAGAUAGAGAUUAUGAUCGAUAUGCGAGAGAAGGAUAUGAUAGAGGAUAUUAUCCGGUUAGGGAUGCAUAUGACAGAGAUGGUUAUGAUAGAAGGCCUUUACCGCCACCUGACGCACCACCUUACUCGAGGAGGAAUGCAUCGCCUGGACCCAGGAGAGGAAGUUAUGAGCGUGGGCCGAGGCCAUCCAGAAGAGAAAACCGUUUUGCAAGGGAACCUCCUGUCCCUUCUACUUAUCGGAGUGGUCGAUCUUCGCCUCCUUCUCGGUAUCCUGAACCACUGAUGGGUCCUCCUCCGCCUAGACCACCAUCUCCAAGAGGCGGCAUAUAUAACAGACGAAGAUCAGUAAGUCCAAUAAGAGGUAACAGAGUUAACAUGGGAUAUACAGGACGUCCAAGGUCACCUAGUCCAAUGAGAAUUCAGCCUAGACGAGGUCCACGUACGCCAACUUCACCAACUAGACGUUGA